CCCCGCCCGCCUCUCAGCCCCGGACGGCCCGGCGGGGAGGCGCCCAUGCGGGACGGCGCAGCGCGGUGAGGGCGCGCGCGGGCGGGCGGGGGCACAGCCGGCACCAUGUCCAUGCUGCCCACCUUCGGCUUCACGCAGGAGCAAGUGGCGUGCGUGUGCGAGGUGCUGCAGCAGGGCGGCAACAUCGAGCGGCUGGGCCGCUUCCUGUGGUCGCUGCCCGCCUGCGAGCACCUCCACAAGAAUGAAAGCGUGCUCAAAGCCAAGGCGGUGGUGGCCUUCCACCGCGGCAACUUCCGGGAGCUCUACAAGAUCCUGGAGAGCCACCAGUUCUCGCCGCACAACCACGCCAAGCUGCAGCAGCUGUGGCUCAAAGCGCACUACAUCGAGGCGGAGAAGCUGCGCGGCCGGCCCCUGGGCGCUGUGGGCAAAUACCGCGUGCGCCGCAAGUUUCCGCUGCCGCGCUCCAUCUGGGACGGCGAGGAGACCAGCUACUGCUUCAAGGAAAAGAGUCGCAGCGUGCUGCGCGAGUGGUACGCGCAUAACCCCUACCCCUCACCGCGCGAGAAGCGCGAGCUGGCGGAGGCCACGGGCCUCACCACCACGCAGGUCAGCAACUGGUUUAAGAACCGGCGGCAGCGCGACCGGGCAGCCGAGGCCAAAGAAAGGUACGAGGAGAACAGCGAGAACGCCAACUCCAACAGCCACAACCCGCUGGCUGCGACGCUGAACGGCAGCGGCAAGUCGGUGCUAGGCAGCUCGGAGGACGAGAAAACGCCGUCGGGGACGCCAGACCACUCGUCGUCCAGCCCCGCGCUGCUGCUCAGCCCGCCGCCGCCCCCCGGGCUGCCGUCCCUGCACAGCCUGGGCCACCCUCCGGGCCCCAGCGCGGUGCCGGUGCCCGUGCCGGGCGGAGGCGGCGCGGACCCGCUGCAGCACCACCAUGGCCUGCAGGACUCCAUCCUCAACCCCAUGUCGGCCAACCUCGUGGACCUGGGGUCCUAGAGCCCCACCUGCCUCGACGUGCUCACCUCGCCGGCUUGGCGCCAGGGACCUGAGAGACGGUGUCAGAGGGCGCCCUGCGGCCGGCGGGCCCCACCGGGUACUGAAAGACCUGCGCGCUGAGCGGGCAGAACCGCCGGCCCAGGCAGGGUGGAUGGCUCUUUGGUUUGGCCUUUGUCCGGGAUUUAUUUUCAACAAGUUGCCUCGGAGGUCGUUUGGAGGCCUGGGACCCGGCCUUGAACCAGGGAAGAGAAUAAAUUAUACACCAUGCUCACACUCUCUCCCUACCUUCUCCGGGCUUCCUUGCUCUUCCCUUCCCUUCCCUUCCCUGCUCUUAUUUCCAGGUCCUUUUCCUUCCCUCUCUCUGGUCCUUUCCCCCUUUCCCUGCCCCUCUCUCUAUAUUUCUGGCUUGUCAAUUCUCGCUAAGUUUCCGUUUCUCUUUUUCUCCGUUUUUCCGGUUCUCCUCUCGCCAGCCUCUCGCACUCCUGGCCCCUGGGUCCGUAUCCCUCAGCCUCUCUCCUCCUGCCUGGACGUCUGUUUGCGCCCUCCUCCCCCACUGCCCUGGCCUGGAAGUAGGAGGGGGAAGAGCAGAAGAACCCGGCCUUCUCCGGAGGCCCUCCGCGGGGUUCGGCGUGUCGCAGGUGUCCGCUGUGCGCCUAGUAACUUAAGUGAAAGAGAAAGGACCACGGCGCGGAGGCCUCUGCACGCGCCCUUGCCGCUUGCCCUCUCUCUCUCUCUCUCUCUCUCUCUCUCUCUCUCUUUCCCCCUCCCCAUGAGGCCUGCCACCCUCUCCCCUCUUCCUCCCGGACUGUGGCCACAGUGCCCCUGGCAGAGUGCGCCUCCGGAGCCGUGGACUUGCCGUCUCCCUGUUACGCCCUCAUGUGAAUGUUCUUCGGGAAAUAUUUCUGCUUUUAUUUUAUAAUAAAAUUAGAAAUCAUAAAUAUAUAUAUGGAUCUAUACCAUGAGGCCCACGA